AAGCUAAUAUACAUCUAUCAGCCUCACACACACAUAAGCAGCAACAACAAAAAUGGCGAAUUACGCCAAAUCCAGCACCAGAAAAGACACAAGUGCUCUUUUUCUCACAACUCUCCUUGUCUUGAUCCUGACCGUUUCCAAACCAGUAACCUCUCAAAACUGUGGCUGUGCCUCUAACUUCUGCUGCAGCCAAUGGGGUUACUGUGGUCAGACAGAUGAUUACUGCGGCGAAGGCUGCCGUGAGGGCCCUUGUCAACGUAGUAGUGAGACUGGCGGCGGCGGAAACAGUGGCGGCGGCGGAGAUGCUGUUUCGCUUGAAGGAACGGUGACACCUGAGUUCUUUAACUCUAUAUUAAACCAAGCAAGAGGUGAUUGUGCAGGUAAAGGAUUCUACGCUCACAAUGCCUUUAUGGCCGCAGCUAAUUCGUACCAGAGCUUCGGUGCUUCCAUCUCCAAACGCGAGAUCGCUGCUUUCUUCGCUCACGUCACCCAUGAAACAGAAUUCAUGUGUUACAUUGAGGAAAUUGAUGGACCAGCCAAAGCCGAGAACUACUGUCAGAAAGACAACACAGAUUUCCCAUGUGCACAAGGAAAGGCCUAUUAUGGCCGUGGUCCGAUCCAGCUCUCUUGGAACUACAACUACGGUCUCUGUGGCAGAGACCUGAAUGAGAACUUAUUGGCCUCACCAGAGAAAGUGGCUCAAGACCCAGUUCUUGCCUUCAAGACUGCUUUCUGGUUCUGGACCACUAAUGUUCGUGGGAAAUUUAAUCAGGGUUUUGGCGCGACGAUCAGGGCUAUAAAUGGUAUGGAGUGUAGCGGAAGAGAUCCUGCAACUGUCGCCAAAAGGAUUGAGUAUUACCGAGACUAUUGUGAUAAGCUUGGGGUCGAACCUGGCGACAACCUCUCUUGUUAAGGUUUUCUGUCUGCCCAUCUGAAACAAACAAUGUUUGAAAUAUAAGAAUAAGAUACCACAUCAGAGAAAUUAUAUCAUAUGACAUAUAAUACUAAUGUUGUAUUAAGAAAGUAACGAAAUGAAAGAUUAUAUCCGAAUCUCUAUUGAUUUGGCCAA